AGGCAAUUGAUAAAAGAAAAGAAAGAAAAAGAACGUUAUCAAGAAUUAAAAAGUAAAAUUGAAAGUGGCGGAGAAUAUAUUAUUAUAAAUAAAGUUAAAUGUAUUUUAGAGAUUAAAGAACUAACUUCGGAGGAAAAAAGGAAUGAAUUGCAAGGAUUAUUAAAAAGAAAGGGAGAAGAUCCUAUCGACGAGUGGUUUAAUGAAUUAGAGAGACUUCUUCAAAAGAAUGAUUAUCAAUUCCUAAAAGAAGAUUUGACUAAUGAAAAGAAAGUGAUGAGCGUAAUCGCUAGUUUAGUGGGAAAAAUCAAGGAGGCGAAAAAGGCUGUCGAGAUUGCUAGAGAAGUAAUAACUGAUUAUUUAGACGGGAAAGAUUUAUCUAAGGAAGAGCAAAAGAAAUGA